AUGCCAGCUACAUCCUCAGUCUCGAGAACGGUGACCUACAAGGAUUUCGUCAAACCGAAGCCGAAUCCCUCCUCUCCCUUGUUCUUCACUGGCCGCUCUGCGUACAUGGAGGUCUUCAACUCUCUCCAGGCGACCACCAAAACGACUCGGAAUAUCAUGCAGCAGCUCGAGCUCGUGCCUCUCCCCGCGUUCGCGCAGCAAAAUCUCCCCCCACUGGAGGCGUUCUGGAAGGACAAGACCGCUGUGGAGAAGGACUUGAACGUAAAGCUGUCGACGACGAGAUACGCCCGUAUCAUAUCCGCCCUCGACGAGCUGAACAACUAUCGCCGUAUCGCUCAAGCCGCCGGCCACGGCGAACUCGUGCAAAUGCUGGAGAGGCUCAUGUCAGCCUGGGAGCGACCUUCGAAGGCGGCCAUCCUCGCGCAGCGGCAGAAGAAGCCCGUGCAAAUGGACGAACACGGCCGGUCGUACACCAUUGGCAGGAGAAAGGAGAGCACGGCGCGCGUGUGGAUGAUCCCGACGCAAGCGGCGCGCGAGGCAGCUUUGGCUCCCUCCCCUUCCAUCACCCCCUCCGCCUCCGCCGCAAGCCCUGACGCGCCUCUUCAAAGCGACGCGGAUGCAUUGGCGGACGUGUUGGCCGCUGCUCCGGCCGUGCCCAUCCCUGGGUUCGAGACUGGUCCGCUUUCGCAGGCCCCAGCCGCCCCGGUGGAGGUUCCUGUGACAAACAUCCUCGUCAACAAUGUCCCGUUCGCGGAGUUCUUCCCCAAUGCGUCAGACCGUGAACGUAUUGUCCGACCGUUCCGUGUAACGGGUCUCUUCGGUGCUUUCAACGUUUUCGCGAUCGUUCGAGGUGGUGGUACGACCGGUCAGAGCGGAGCUGUUACUCUGGGCAUUGCCAAAGCUAUUGCCGCGCACGUGCCCGACGUAGAGCCACUGCUCCGGAAAGCAAAACUGCUCAAGCGGGAUCCGCGUAUGGUUGAACGCAAGAAGCCUGGUCGCGCAAAGGCUCGCAAGGGGUACACUUGGGUCAAGCGUUGA